CCUCGGCGGUCGUGGGACGCGCCGGGGUCCCGCUUUCCUUCACACGGACGCGCUUCCCCCCGCGGCUCUCGGGAACCACUACCAUGGACAGGACCGCCGUGGCCAAGAUGGGAGCGAUGGCGAGCGCCAGCGUGUGCGCGCUGGUGGGCGGGGUGGUGCUGGCGCAGUACAUCUUCACCAUGAAGAAGAAGACGGCCUGCAUGCAAGCCCUGCAUCUCUGGACUCUGCUUGCCACCUAUGCUGUUGCAGUAGGACAAAAUCAAGGACAGAAGAAUCAGGAGUGCCCUAAGCUCAACGCACAGAUGCCAGAAUUCCAGAAGAAGACUGUCCAUAUUAAGGACCCAGGGAGAGUAGAGGAGAUUAUUUGUGGCCUCAUCAAAGGUGGAGCUGCCAAACUUCAGAUUAUUACAGAUUUUGAUAUGACAUUAAGUAGAUUUUCCUACAAUGGAAAAAGAUGUCCAACUUGUCAUAACAUCAUUGAUAACUCUAAGAUCAUCACAGACGAAUGUCGGAAAAAGUUAUUGCAGCUGAAAGAAACCUAUUACGCUAUUGAAAUCGAUCCAGCUCUCACUAUUGAAGAGAAGUAUCCAUAUAUGGUAGAAUGGUACCAUAAAUCUCAUGCACUGCUCAUUGAACAAGGCUUACAGAAGGAUAAGUUUGCAGAAAUUGUGAGGGAAUCUGAUGUUAUGCUGAAAGAAGGAUAUGAGAACUUCUUUGAUAAGCUCAGUGAACAUAAUAUUCCUGUGUUCAUAUUUUCUGCUGGGAUUGGGGACAUUCUUGAGGAAGUAAUCCACCAGGCUGGGGUCUACCAUUCUAAUGUCAAAGUGGUUUCCAAUUUCAUGGAUUUCGAUGAAAAUGGAGUAUUAAAAGGAUUUAAAGGAGAAUUGAUUCAUGUUUACAACAAACACGAUGGUGCCUUGAAGAACACAGAGUACUUCAAACAACUAAAAGACAACAGUAAUAUCAUACUGCUGGGUGAUUCUCAAGGAGACCUGAGUAUGGCAGAUGGAGUAGCAAAUGUCGAGAACAUUCUUAAAAUUGGCUAUCUCAAUGAUAAAGUAGAUGAGCUUCUGGAAAAAUAUAUGGACUCUUAUGAUAUCGUUUUGGUGAAAGAUGAAUCCCUGGAAGUUGCCAACUCCAUCCUACAGAAAAUCCUGUAAAUUGCAGUCUCAAGUCACUCCAUUCCUUUCAGGAGGCAACUGGACAGAAGAGCACAUGUGUGCUAUUUUAGAUGUGUUUAUUACUCAUUUACAGAACUGUUUAAUUUAAUUUAAAACUUUUAUCUUCAUUUUGGUAUUCUGGAAUAUAUAUGGUAUCAAUUGUCAACUACAAGCUCCUUUUACUGCUCUUACACUGUUCUUUAUUGUCUCACACUCCUGUUAUAACUAGAUUUAAAUUGGAUUUAGAGAUGUGAUAUACUGCUGCAGAUGGGAUAGUAUGGUUCACUGUCUUUUUUAAUCAGGCAUUUCAGAGCAGCAUUUUAGAAAAUGUGGCUAUUUUGUAAAAUUGAAGGUGUUAAACACUCUGUGAACAAGCAGUGUGCGCGUUUGUGUUGCCUUUUCUUUUCAAAGAAGACAUUUCAGUCUCAGCUGUACUUUGAAGGAUCUUAUUCAUAUGCUACAUACUUUCACAGAAGUUUUUCAUACAUAUAUUCUUCUCCAGUAAAAAUGCUUUAUUCACCCAA